GGCUGGGUCGCAGAAUGCUCGAAUACGCCGAGCAAUCCGCCAGGGAGGCAGGCUAUCGCUUCAUCAAGCUCUACACCAACGAGGCCAUGGCGGAGAACAUUAGCCUUUAUCCCCGGAUCGGCUACUCGGAGACACACCAGGCUGAAGAGAAGGGAUUGAAGCGAGUUUAUAUGGUGAAGAGCUUGGCCUGAACACCUGCCCACUGUUCCCACCCUGCC